AUGGAGUCUUCUUCUUACGUCACUGUGAAAAUCUAUCUAUCUAUCUAUCUAUCUAUCUAUCUAUCUAUCUAUCUAUUAUGGAGCACAGUCUUUUUAUUAUUUAUAUUACUUUUUUUAAAAUUUGUCUUUGUUUUUUCUUUUGUCGUCCAUUUUCUUCUUAUUUUCUUUCUUUUUUUCAUUUCUUUCUUUUUAAUUCUUGCUUUCUUUUUCAUUAUUCUUCUCUCCUUUCAUUCUUUCGUUUUCUUUCCUCCACGAAUCGAUUUGGUUUUCUUCCUUUCUUUCUCUAUUUACAAUAUUGACGACAGCACUAUCUUACGCUUCGUCUGUCGAAUACACGCAUACUUCCUUUUUCUUUCUUCCUUACUUCUUUCUUCUUUGGCGGUGCUUCAUUUUUACACAAACUUUUUUUCGGCUUUCAUUAUCGUUUGUGCGACAAUUUUUGACAUCAUUAAAUCAACAACACUAGUUGUUAGAUAUUUGUUUACUCUUUCUUCACAGCUGUUUUUCUUGUCCGCCAUUUUUUAUCCAUUCUUCUGUUGCAGAAGUGACUGUCUGUCUGUCUGUCUGUCUGUCAGUCUAUCUAUCUAUCUAUCUAUCUAUCUAUCUAUCUAUCUAUCUAUCUCAGUCUAUUCAUUAUCUAUCGAUCUAUCUAUCUAUCUAUCUAUUCAUUAUCUAUCUAUCUAUCUAUCUAUCUAUCUAUCUAUCUAUCUCAGUCUAUUCAUUAUCUAUCGAUCUAUCUAUCUAUCUAUUCAUUAUCUAUCUAUCUAUCUAUCUAUCUGGCUAGUGAAUAACGAUCUAUCUAUCUAUCUAUCUAUCUAUCUAUCUAUCUAUCUAUCUAAUCAAUGUCUGUAUGUUUAUCUAACCGAGUCUAUUCAUAUCUGUCUGUCUGUCUGUCUAUCUAUUUAUCUCUUUAACUGGAAAGGAUAA